AAACCCACAAAGCCAUUCGCGUUAUCUCAUCAUUGCCUCUCUCAUCGUCCAGAUCAAAGUAAAAGGCAAAAUUGCAGACAAAAUCGUUACCCAAACCCUAGUUCGAUAUCCAAUCAAACCCUGAUUUGAUCCGCAAUCUCUGUCUCUCUCUCUAUCAAGAUUUUGAAACCCUAGCAUCAUUCCAUUAUCCGAUCAAUCUCUCCCCCCUCUCCCCCGUCUGAUCCUUCAUCCCAAACCCUAAUUUCUCGCUGCUCUCCAAACCCUAAUUCGAUCUCCAAUCAGACCCUAAUUCGAUCUGCAAUCGAAACUUCUCUCCUUCCAUCAACAUUUUGGAAACCCUAUAAUCAUUGAUUUAUCCGAUCAAUCUCCCCUCUUUGUACGCUCGGAUCCUUGACCGUCGAACCCUAAUUUGUUCGUUCCGAUCGAUUUUCCAUCCUGCUCUCAACAAUUCGUCGAAAUUUCUCACGUACCUGGAAUUUUUCUCACGAGGUCGAAUUUUUAGCGUCUCCAAGUGAAUUUUGUCGAAAUCAAGAGUCGCGCGAGAUAGCGAGGAUCAUCAGAAUCUUUGAAGUUUGUACUUUAUCGAGAUAAAGUUUGUACUUUAUCGCGCGAGAUAAUGGCUGGAGGUGGAAGCAGGAGUAACGAGGGGCCGCUGAAGAUUGGGAGCACUAACGGAUUUGCAGUUCUCGAGAGCCUUAAGAAGAAGAAGAAGUCGACUAAGGAUUCCUCGAAGAGUAAGGGGUCUUCAAAGAGUCACGCGAAGGAGCUGGAGCCGCCGGUGUUUUGGAACCCGAAGCCUUUGGUUAACAAAUCGUGGGCUGAUGUCGAGGAUGAGGAUGAUGAUGAUUACUACGCGACCUCUGCUCCUCCACAGGGGAUUUGGGGAGCUUCAGAUCCGAGUAAUCAGAAGAAAGAGAUGGAGAUCGAGGCAGUGAUGGAGGAGCUGCAGGAAAGUGAAAGUGAAGAUGGAGGUCUUGAUGAAGGUGAUGAAGGCAUCGAGGAAGAGGCAGAACCGGAACCUGAAAAUCAUAUUCCAGCUGAGCCUGUAGAGAAGAAGCCUUUACCUACUACCUCAGCACCGAAAGAGAACGAGAGACAACUCUCCAAGAAAGAGUUGAAAAAGAAGGGACUUCAAGAACUGGAUGCUCUUCUUGCGGAACUGGGAAUAGAGCAGUCAAAUGGUAUUAAAACUUUCUAGCGUUAAUUGCAGAUGCAUGCAGCCCUUCGACUGUAGGGGUCUAGUUAGUUAUCAUCCAUAUUCUAUUUUAUUAGCACAUACACGCACUGAUCACAUAUGUGGAACUAUGUUGCAUGCUUUAAUAUGAAACACCCGUUGUACACUUCUUGGAUGUAUAUCUUACACUUGCAUCCGCUUUCUGAAAUUUGUUAGGCAAAGGUUGGAUUCAUUUCAGCACAUACUGAGUUUAGAACUAUAAUUUUAGAGAGUUUGGGUAUCUAGUUAAAAGAACGACCGGUUUUUUAUUUAUAGUAUGCAUGUAAAAGAGCAUAAAAUGCUAUCGGAAUUUUGAUUCUCAUAACACGUGAAUGAAAAAACAAUAUUGAAGCCAUCAACUUAGUAAUUUUGAUGUGUAAACCGUGUUCCUGCAUCCUAUAAUUUGCAAGUUUGUCAUGUGUACUACCGCUUGUGACGUGCAACAUAGGUUUAAACUCUGUGAGGAUUACACGAGGAUCAUAGUUAGGCGCAGAAGAUUCCCGUAGGAUUCCCAUGCUAGUUUAAAAGCUAAAGAAAAGUCACUGUGUUUAAGAAAGUAUAUGCUAUCUGCAGCUAACCCUACAUUCCAAUACAUAAUGACCAAGAUAU